GUACUGGCGGCACUCUCCGCCGCGGCACCUCCAUAAACCUGUAGGAAGUCCCUGCGGGACCGGUGCCCAGACGCUGCGCGACCCGGAAGCCGGCUCCGGGGGACGAAGCCUGGGAAGCCCCAACCGCGCAGGCGCCUCGAGGAGUCUCCAACCAGGCCGGCGCCGCUUCCGGGCCAACAUGGCGGCCGCGUGGCUGCUGCUGCGUGCCCUCCGGCAGGGCCAGGGUCCGGGUCCCGGGCGGCUGUGGGGCCCUUGCUUGGGCUGGGGCCCGAGUCUCUACGUCGGGUUCGGGAGGAGGUGGCCGUACUUCGUCUACAGGACUCCGAUGGGUGUCGCCGAGGCUGGAGGCCGAGUCCUGCAGAGUUUCCAAUUGCGACUAUUAACCCCUACCUUUGAAGGGAUCCAUGGAUUGUUAUUGAAACAGCAUCUGGUCCAGAAUCCAGUGAGGCUCUGGAAGCUUUUAGGUGGCACUUACUAUUUCAACACCUCAAGGAAGAAGCAGAAGACUAAGGACCAUGAUAAAUCCAAGGGGAGGACCCCUGAAGAUGAUGAAGAGGAGAGGAAGCGCAAGGAGAGAGAGGACCAGAUGUACCGUGAGAGGCUGCGCACAUUGUUCAUCAUCGCUGUUGUCAUGAGCCUGCUGAAUGCAUUUAGCAGCAGUGGGGGCAACAUUUCCUGGAAUGACUUUGUCAACGAGAUGCUGGCCAAAGGCGAGGUGCAGCGGGUCCAGGUGGUACCUGAGAGCGACGUGGUGGAAGUGUACCUGCACCCUGGAGCCGUGGUAUUCGGGCGACCUAGGCUGGCUUUGAUGUACCGAAUGCAGGUCGCAAACAUCGACAAAUUUGAAGAGAAGCUUCGAGCGGCUGAAGAUGAGCUGAAUAUCGAAGGCAAGGACAGGAUCCCGGUUUCCUAUAAGCGUACAGGAUUCUUUGGAAAUGCCCUCUACGCCUUGGGAAUGACAGCGGUGGGCUUGGCCAUCCUGUGGUAUGUUUUUCGUUUGACUGGAAUGACAGGAAGGGAAGGAGGAUUCAGUGCUUUUAAUCAGCUUAGAAUGGCUCGUUUCACAAUUGUGGAUGGCAAGACGGGGAAGGGAGUCAGCUUCAAGGAUGUGGCAGGGAUGCAUGAAGCCAAACUGGAGGUCAAAGAGUUUGUGGAUUAUCUGAAGAGCCCAGAGCGCUUCCUUCAACUUGGUGCCAAAGUUCCAAAGGGUGCGCUUUUGCUUGGACCACCUGGCUGUGGAAAGACCCUGCUGGCCAAGGCCGUGGCGACUGAGGCCCAGGUGCCCUUCUUGGCAAUGGCUGGCCCAGAGUUCGUGGAGGUCAUUGGAGGCCUUGGCGCUGCCCGUGUGCGGAGCCUCUUCAAGGAGGCCCGCGCCCGGGCCCCCUGCAUUGUCUACAUUGACGAGAUUGACGCCGUGGGCAAGAAGCGCUCCACCACCAUGUCUGGCUUCUCCAACACAGAGGAGGAGCAGACCCUCAACCAGCUUCUAGUGGAAAUGGAUGGUGAGCACUCUCCUCCGCUGCUUCUGUGAGGGGAGAAGGGUUUC